AGCCACUGGGUGAACAUGGACAUCAUUAUCAAAGCUCUUCAUGCUCGAGGCCACUCUGUCGAUGUGGUACGAACCAACAAAAGCUGGUACAUCAAAAAUGAUUCCCCACAUUACAAAACAAUCACAGUUCCUGUUGCUCAAGCUUUUAAUCAGGAUUUUAUUAACCCCACUGUAAAAAAGGUAAUCGGCAUAGAAAGGGGGGAGAGCUCUGUUAUUAGCUUUUUGAGUUUGCAGAUUGAAAUGUUUAAUGCCAUGAUUGAUAUGCAUGGAAUGAUAUGCAAAAUGGCUACUACCAUGUUUGAAGAUGAGAACUUGAUGAGUAAUUUAAAGGCCCGUAAAUAUGACCUGGUCCUCACUGACCCAGCAUGGGGUGCAGGCAUACUGUUGGCUCAUGCUCUUAAGGUACCUCUGAUCUAUAAUGUGCGAUUCGCAACUAGCGGGGAGGGACAUUUGGCCAUUGCACCUUCACCAAUAUCUUAUAUCCCAAUAACUGGUUCUGGACUAACAGACAGCAUGACUUUCAUACAAAGAGUCAAAAAUAUAAUUUUCUAUGUCAUCUGGAAAGCUCAGGACAUAUUUUUAAUCUGUCCUCAGUAUCAAGCCGUUUGCAAUAAAUUCUUUGGCCCAGAAGUUACAUAUAGUGGCUUAUUACAGGGAGCAGACCUGUGGCUCAUGAGAGUGGACUUUGUGUUUGAGUUCCCUCGCCCCACCAUGCCUAAUGUUAUCUAUAUAGGAGGGUUUCAGUGUAAACCUUCACAACCACUUCCUGGACACUUGGAGGACUUUGUGCAGAGUUCUGGAGAGCACGGCUUCAUCCUCAUGUCUCUGGGGACAUUUGUGAGUGAACUUCCUGCUGACCUGGUAAAUGAGAUCGCUGCAGCUUUUGCUAAAUUGCCACAGAAAGUCAUCUGGAAGUAUAAAAGUGACAGGCCAGCUGCUCUGGGUAACAACACUUUAUUAGUUGACUGGAUGCCACAGAAUGACCUUUUAGGACAUCCUAAGGUCAAAUUAUUUGUGUCACAUGGAGGAACAAAUGGAAUUCAGGAAGCUAUUUAUCACGGAGUUCCCAUCAUGGGCUUACCUGUGUUUUUUGACCAGUAUGACAACCUGCUUCGCUUGAAAGUGAAAGGAGCAGCUAAGAUUGUUACAUUAGCCACAGUAGAUCAAGAGAACAACUUCCUGAAGGCCAUACAGGAAGUCCUGAACAACCCGUCCUACAGGAAGAACAUGCAGAGGCUUUCCAAGCUACACAGAGAUAAGCCAGUAACACCACUGGAUAACGCCCUCUUCUGGAUAGAGUUUGUCAUGAGACACAAAGGAGCAGCUCACCUGAAGGCAACAUCCUACAAAAUGCCCUGGUAUUCCUACCACUCUGUAGAUGUAGUUCUAUCUUUUCUGGCUGCUGCUGCAGUAAUUACUUUAACUCGUGUGCUUUUCAGGCUGGAAUGUCUUAAAAAAUGCCUAAAAAAAAAAACUAAUGGGAUUAAUAGGAAAUGA